CGUCAUUGGUGCGCAUGCGCUGUGGUGUUGCGGCGCUGCGCUGAGGUGGACUUCUUUCUUUCAGUCAUUGAAGAAAUCACCAAGCAGCAGUUUACCUUGACUUUAGAGAGCACUGAGGACCACCAAAACCCCCGACGCAACCAUGAUCCGGCUAGCCGCUUUCCUCGCUCUGCUUGUGGCUGUAUGCUCAGGAGAGAGCUGCACAGACCCUGUCAUUACUCCAUCGGCCUACACCACCUCAGACGCAGUCAUCUCCUCAGAAUCUGUCUUCAUCGUUGAGCUGAGCCUGACCUGUGCAAACGGGGCUCAGAGUGUGACUCUGUAUGCAGAUGUGAAUGGCAGACAGUUUCCUGUGACCAGAGGCCAGGAUGUUGGCAAAUAUCAGGUUUCAUGGAGCAUGCCUCACAAACAGGCUGCCUCUGGGACAUAUCAGGUGAAAUUUUUCGAUGAGGAGUCUUACAGUGCUCUGCGCAAGGCCCAGAGAAAUAAUGAAGAUGUGAAUGCCAUUCAACCCCUUUUCUCUGUCAACAUUGACCAUCGGGGUGCCUGGAGCGGCCCAUGGGUAUCAACUGAGGUUGUGGCAGCACUCAUUGGCAUCUUGGUCUAUUACUUGGCUUUCAGUGCAAAGAGCACCAUCCAGGCAUAAAUUGAACACUAUUGUUUUAACCACUGGAUCAUGAUGAGAUCAUUAUCAAAGACUGGUUUCUUAACGGAACUUAUCAACGUCUUUAAGCAGUGUGGCUUGUUGUCACUGCCACAAUGUACUUGAACAAAGAAGUUCUGCUGCAGUCUUUGUACUUUUUAUUCAGACUGUGUCUGUGUUCUCAGUCUUGGCCCUUGACAGCUUUUCUUUUGUGGAUUUCUCUUAUCAGAACAUAUUUUUGUAAUGUUUAUUAAAUCUGAACCAAUAAACCCGGACCACAA